AUACUUAUAUGAGCCAGUCUUCUGCUUCUCUUCUUAGAAUUAUAAGAAAUCUACCAGGAAAUAGCUACGAAAUAUUGAGUGAAACAGAUACCAAGCUCAAGAGAUUUCAUGAACAAAAGGAAUAUCUUAAACCACUUGUAGUUAUAGAACUGAUAACUGAAAUUCAAGGAACAGAAAAAAUUCCGAUGGCAAAUUAUGAGCGUAACGAACAGUUUUAUUCGUUAUUUUUUAAACCUAAGGAGGGUCAAAAAAAUUUCGCCGGAAGAAAGAACAAAAGCAAAACUAAAGCAUCAAAUGCCAACAAUGCCAUAUCAAGAAACAGAGAAAUAAAGCGCGGAGUCAAAAUUUAUGCAAUUGACUGUGAAAUGGUCGGAAUCGGUCCAGGUGGUGCACAAUCAUCGUUAGCUCGUGUGAGCUUGGUUAAUUUCAAUGGCGAUACUGUAUUUGAUGAAUUCGUUAGACCUAAUCAACCGGUGACUGAUUAUCGUACAAAGUUUAGUGGAAUCACUGAGGAUUCUCUAGAAAAUGCUAAAUCUUUUAGUUGGGUACGACAACGAGUAAUUGAUAUAAUUGACGACAACAUUGUAAUUGGUCAUUCCCUAUAUUUCGAUUUUAAAAUACUAAGAAUAAGACAUCCACGCGGCCUAACGCGUGAUACCUCGUUAUUCAAAGUCUUCAGAACAUUGAUCUCGCAUAACAGCGGCACACCCUCUCUAAAACAACUAGCACAAGAACUUCUCGGCAUAACAAUACAAAUUAACGACCACGACUCUGUCGAAGACGCAAGAACUGCAAUGAAAUUAUACCGAAAGUAUCAAAAUGACUGGGAGAAUUGGAUAAUCACGAAUGGAAUCGAAUCAAUCUACAAGACUACCGCGAAUUUUGCAUGUGAAUAUUGUAGAUCUCUUUAUCAUUUUGCAAGGAAUUGUCCGUAUGGUGGUGAUCAAGGUUCUAAUAGAAGUAACUACAAUAAUAGUUUGAAGCAUAACUUUUGA